CCUGUGGAGGUGGAGCCACCGCGCCGCUGCCGCCGCCGCUGCCGGCUUGAUUUGUGUGAAAGGGCCUAGGCCCAGGCCUGCUGUGCUGCGCUUCUCGAGUGCCUGAGCUCGCGUCCUCCUAUUGCCUCUGCCCCAGUUUCGCCCACAUCCCGUCCCAAACGGGCUGGGCCGGGUGAAGACCUGCCGGAGCCAUGGAGGACGAGGUGGUCCGCAUUGCCAAGAAGAUGGACAAGAUGGUGCAGAAGAAGAACGCGGCUGGAGCAUUGGAUUUGCUGAAGGAGCUUAAGAAUAUUCCCAUGACUCUGGAAUUAUUACAGUCUACAAGAAUCGGAAUGUCAGUAAAUGCUAUUCGCAAGCAGAGUACAGAUGAAGAAGUUACAUCUUUAGCAAAGUCUCUCAUCAAAUCCUGGAAAAAGUUAUUAGAUGGACCAUCAACUGAUAAAGAUCCUGAAGAAAAAAAAAAAGAUACUGCAAUUACAUCACAGAAUAGCCCUGAAGCAAGAGAAGAAAGUAGCUCCAGUGGCAACGUAAGCAGCAGAAAGGAUGAGACAAAUGCCCGAGAUACUUAUGUGUCAUCUUUUCCUCGGGCACCAAGCACAUCUGAUUCUGUACGGUUAAAGUGUAGGGAGAUGCUUGCUGCUGCUCUUCGAACAGGAGAUGACUACAUCGCCAUUGGAGCUGACGAGGAAGAAUUAGGAUCUCAGAUUGAGGAAGCUAUAUAUCAAGAAAUAAGGAAUACAGACAUGAAAUACAAAAAUAGAGUACGAAGUAGAAUAUCAAAUCUUAAGGAUGCAAAGAAUCCAAAUUUAAGGAAAAAUGUACUGUGUGGGAAUAUUCCUCCUGACUUAUUUGCUAGAAUGACAGCAGAGGAAAUGGCUAGUGAUGAGCUCAAAGAGAUGCGGAAAAACUUGACCAAAGAAGCCAUUAGAGAGCAUCAGAUGGCCAAGACGGGUGGAACCCAGACUGACUUAUUCACAUGUGGCAAAUGUAAAAAGAAGAACUGUACUUACACACAGGUUCAAACUCGUAGUGCUGAUGAACCAAUGACAACAUUUGUUGUCUGUAAUGAAUGUGGAAAUCGAUGGAAGUUCUGUUGAGUUGGAAGAAUUGGCAAAAUAUCUGGACCAUUGAGAAAAUGGAUUUUGUAAUUAGCUUUAAAACUAGGCCAAGGAACUAGUUUUUCUGCAAGUCAGAUUUUUUAAAGUGACAUACAUCCUUGGAUUAGUCUUUGUUUUUUUGACAUAGCAUCCUUCCUUAAAUGCCUUCCGUAGUUUCAGAUCUGUAGGAGACUACAUAAUAAUUGUAUCUGUUUGAAACAUUUUUUUCAUUUUUAUAGGUAAUUGAUAUUAAACUUUUAUCAAUUAAACUUUUGGCAAUUUAUUUUUACUUUUUUUUUCUUAAAGAAAAAUGUACGUUAACUUUUUUACAGUCUGAAACAUACACAGUAGAAAUGUUUAUUAUUCUUCUCACUUAACACCUAAAUGAAAAUUACGUUUUUCCCAUACUGGCAUGUACAUGCAAUUAAUGGAGGAGAGAGAUAAUAUAAUUAAAGUUUAUCAGAUGAGGUGUGUAUUCAAAUACUACUUGACCAGCGUAUCUAAAUUGUACAUAAUAUUUGAACUAGUGUAUGAAAUUGGGUUUGAUUAUUAUAUUCACAAGUCUGGAAUAAUUAGAUACUAUUUUGCAUUUGUAACUAACCGUGACCAUCAUUUAUUGUGAUUUCUUGUACAUGUUUAUUACUUGUUCUUAAUAGACUUUACUUUUGGAAACAUGAUUUGAGUUGAUUGAAAUCAGUUUUGUUUUGUUUUUUAUUUACCCGUUUGACUUUAUAGUGU